GGAGACAGGACGCGCAGUCUGAAUUACCGAUGGUCGUAAUUCGAGCGGACUGGGGUCGCGUCUCCAUCCGCUACACGGCCAAAUUGCAUUCAGUAGCUGCAAGGUGACCAGCACGAAACGACGGUGAAAUCUGUCAUCGCCGUUAGACAAUAUAUGCAGCGCUAAGCCAGCAACAACAAGUGACUAGAUGAGCCUUGUAGUCGGUGACCUUGACAAUGACGGCGAGGGAGAACGCAUUCUCAUCGAGCCUUAUCAAUCCUCGUCCCUGCUAAACUCAGAGACUGCCCUGCUGUUUGUCUCCGUGGCCAUCCUAGCUGCGGUGACCGCCUGCUGCUGGUGCGGCUUCUACGCUGCCUCGAAGCGCAAACAACUCUAUGCCUGCUUUCACCAGUUGCACGCGCCAACCGAAGGGCCGGAUUCGACUCGUGGCGCAGUCCAGGCGCCGCGGCCGUCGUCCGCUCACAGCCAAGCCUACGCGCACUACCUUCAGCCGCACCUGAACGCUGGCGCAGCACCUGCUCUCCCGCCACCCCAGCUGCACACGUCCCUUGAAAUGCCCUCUCAUGCACCGGGCUUCAAGCAUAUCCACGAUGCUUACGCCUCGUAAUGCAAGCUGUAAUGCCUACCCUCGUGUCAUGUGCCAACGACCGAAUCACUUUCGGCUUGUUUUUAUUGUCAUUAGUAUCUUUGUUCAUUUUACAAUUGCGGCAGGCUUUUAGUGUGUGGAAUAUUCAAUAAAUAUAACUGCAACUCCUUUCAUCGCGCUCUUCCUACGUCUAAAUGUUAGCAUAUAGAUAGCGGUGUGUUGCACACAUCGGUACCACUUCUCGGUGCUGGGUAAGCAUAUAUGUAUACGCAGGCUGCCAGCGGACGGCUGCAUGUAGCUGAAUGUAGGUCUCGCGUUUCUCGUUAACUAACGGUAAUACUAGCUUGUAAAUAAUUUUAAUAAGCACGAUAAAAAUUUAUUAUACGUUUUCCAGAUGAUCCACACGUCCUUGCAGCUUGUACUUACUGCUAAAACGCAUUGUUAUGGCUACAAAAACGUCCAGACCCUGAGAGUGGUAACACACAAAUUCAAAAACAUUUUUCUCACUUAAAACAAAAUAGAUUUGAUAAAACUUUCUGAUUGGGUUGCCAAUGAAGGUUGCUACUAAAUCUGCCAUUGAGCGUGUAUUUAGUAGGGCCACCUCGAUGUUUAAUUUAUGGCCGAACAUGUGCAAAAAUGAACAUUUUUCCGACUUUGUUGCCACCUGUAAACUUUAUUUUGUACUGUACACGCCUGAAAUCGUUUUGGUCUACAGUAAAACAUUCUGUAAAUAUGCUAAUGUCAACUAUGAUGUUUCCUCUAAUGUUGUAUUCUUAUGAAAAAAUCCACAAUACGCACCAGACUUUUUAUAUUCGAGACCACAUAAAGAAUGCACGAAAAAUUAAAA